UUCUAGGGUUCUUUGGUUUUAUAACUAGAUUGCUUUGCAUUCCGAGAGCUGCCUUCUCGACGGCUGUUGUUCCCCGAGUUAGGCUCCCAGAAUUUCAGAUACGAAAAUGCCUAAGCAAAUCCAUGAGAUUAAGGAUUUCCUUCUGACAGCAGCAAGAAGGAAGGAUGCAAGAUCGGUGAAGAUCAAGAGGAGCAGAGAUGUCGUGAAGUUCAAGGUCCGUUGCUCAAAGUACCUCUACACGCUCUGCAUUUUCGACCAAGAGAAGGCCGACAAGCUCAAGCAGUCUCUUCCUCCAGGUUUGAGCGUUCAAGAUAUGUAAAAGAGGAACAGGGAGUUGCUGUGUUUUAGUUCGAUGGGUUUCAUUGUCUUUGCUUUGCCUCUUUGGCUUUUCUUUUCUUUGUUUUUUUGCUUCACAUCAUCUUUUGUGGAUUUUGCCUCAGCUGAUCAAUUACCAUCUAUGGAAUUUUUGUCAAGAUUAAUUGGCUA